AUUGGCCUUGAACGUCUUAUAUAUUGCAUAAUUGACCGAUUUGGCACCCGCCAAUAUAUACCAGCUGUGGGUGGAAAUUUCCUUCCUCCUCUCUCUCUUUCUUUCUCCAAAUAGUGACCAAUUUCGGAUUAUUCCAUCGCUUGACAGUCAUGGAUCCGACAGAGAGCAACAAAGUACAUUGUGAGAAAUCUACUGUAAAACAGAAUGGAUAUAACAAUCACAAUGAAGAAGUGCCUUUUGACAAUUUCACCGACAAAGAUGACGGCAUCGAGGUGGAAAUGGUGGUUCCUCCGGACGGAGGCUGGGGUUGGUUGGUAGUGGCCGCAUCUUUCAUGUGCAAUCUCGUUGUGGAUGGAAUUAUCUCCAGUUUUGGAGUUUUUCUCGACAGGAUUAGUUUAACGUUUGAAGUUUCAAAAGCUCGGGUGGCCUUGGCGAAUUCCUUGCAAUCGGGAUUUUAUUUAAUGGCUGGUCCAUACGUUUCUGCCUUGGCAAACAGAUAUGGUUUUAGAUCGGUUGCAAUUCUAGGAAGUGUUGUCAGUUGUAUUGCAUUUGUACUUUCAUCCUUCAGCACAUCAAUUGAAUAUCUCUACAUAACCUACGGAAUUUUAGGGGGAAUUGGAGCUGGACUGAUUUAUUUACCCGCCGUAAUAACAACAGGAUUUUAUUUCGAGAGAUGGCGAGCUUUAGCGACUGGUAUUUCCGUUUGUGGAUCAGGAAUUGGGGCUUUUAUACUCGCACCAAUUUCCGAUAUAAUAAUCAAAAAUUAUGGAUGGAAACAAGCACUCUUAAUACAAGCCGGCAUGUUAUUAAAUUGUGCUGUAUUUGGUGCGGUAUUUCGUCCCCUAAAACCAAGGAGGAUCAAAGUUAAACCGACAGAGGAAAACGCAAUGAUCGAAGCGAAUACAACACUGAUGGGAAAAGGUUUAUCGCUUGGUUCAUUACAUGCAGGACAGCCAAUUCGAAGUGGUUUCUUUGGAACUAAUAACAAUACAGAAUAUCCGACUGCUGCUCAAUUCAUCGGUAGCAGCCCCGACAUAGUAAACAGAUCGAUGCAUUCACUGCAUAAAGUAAACGAAAUGCAACGAAUGGAGAGAAAAAAAAGCACUUCGGAAAAAAGAUUGUCUGUCCCGAUUUAUCCCGAUUUGGAAGUAAUUAAUGACGAGGAAAUAAAGUCGGUCGAAGAGGAAAAUAAUUUAUUGAGCGGCGAUUUGGAGAGGCUAAAUGGUCGAAUACCGACAAUACGUAGACACACAAUUAGUGGACGUCGUCAAAGUUCUGAUAUUAGCCAGAAAAGUCUCAAGAUGGGUAAUGGCCGAAGUCCAGCAGUGAAGGACCAUCAGAGGCCCUUUUACAGAGAUGAUAUUUUUUAUGGAGGGUCCUUGAAUAGAUUGUCGCAUUAUAAGUCACAAAUAUCUUCGGUUGGUUAUCACAUGUCUGUGACACGACUUCCGACAGCGAAAGAUUUAGCCGAGGAAGAAAGCGGAAAUUGCUAUUUGUGUCCCGAAAGUGUAAGGCGAACUUUAUCGACAAUGUUGGAUUGGAGUUUACUCAAAAGUCCUUCAUUUUUAAUAUUGGCAAUUAGCGGAUCUCUGACAAUGAUGGGUUUCUAUACGCCAUUUAUCUAUUUACCAGACAGAGCAAAAACAUUCGGCAUCGAGGAAUCCACAUGUAUGUUUUUAGUCUCAAUUAUCGGAAUUGGAAAUACAAUUGGUCGUGUCCUUUGCGGAGUGGUGAGCAGUAUUCCAGGAGUUGACGCUCUUAUGUUAAACAAUAUCUUCAUUAGCAUAGGCGGAUUGCUGACAAUUUUCUCCGGUCUCUCGUAUUCUCAAGAGUAUCAAUUUUUCUACUCGGCAGCCUUCGGUCUCAGCAUUUCCGUAUUUGCCUCACUGAGAUCAAUUAUAGUCGUCGAUUUAGUUGGACUGGAAAAACUCACAAAUGCCUUUGGACUUCUUCUUCUAUUCCAAGGAAUGGCGGCAGCAAUCGGCUCACCUUUGGCAGGGCUUUUCAGAGACUUGACUGGAAGUUAUAAUGCCUCAUUUUACAUAUCCGGCUCGUUAAUUCUCUUAUCAGCGAUAAUAUGUUAUCCUUUGAAAAGGAUAAACGAAUGGGAAAAACGUACAAGUUCGAUUGAUAAAUCAAAAUCUUGAUUAAAAUUUAACUGAAUCACCAUCAGUAAACACAGCCAAGACAAAAUUCUACUUUUACACGUGCCUUAUUUUGUACAAAUAAAAAGUAGAGCUUUGCAUCAAAGAAAUGAAAAGACUGCAAAUAUUUUUCAGUCAUGAAUUUAUGAAAACAAUUAGUUUUCAAAAAAAAAAAAAAAACACUAAGCCAUUUUCAUUUUGAAUGGCAAAAGAAAAAAUCAUAACGGUUUUAAAAUUUAAAACUCAAUUUAAAUAGUCAGUGUUAAAUUUUUAUUUACGUUCUAGUAAAUUUUUUUUCAAAACCCCAAAGUUCUAAUCUAGAAUUUUUUACAAUUCUUAGAGAAAACAGGGGAAAAUAUUGAGUUCUCUUAUUAUAAAUAAGAAAUACCUUAUUUCUCAGAGAUUCUUCUACUAAAAGCAAUUUAGCCUUUAAAUUAUUCAAGACCGUUCUUUCUGUAAAAUUAAUUCUAUAUGUUAAUAAGUAAAUUAUUUUGUACAUUUAAUAGUGUAAAUUGAAGUCUAUAUAUAUAUAUUUGAAAAAAAAUACAAUUUUAAAUAAUUAAUUAUCUCUCCAAGACUUGGAACGUCUAAGGAAGAGAUUGCAUUUUUUAAAAUAUGAUAAUAAUUAAAAUUUCAAGUCAUUUAUUUAUUUAUUUAUUACUCUAUUCGCAAUAAUGUAAAAGAAAAACUUUUAAUAAGAAAGUACCUGAAAUAUUUUAGUCUUUAUGACUCUAAUAGAUUUUUACCUGAAAGAACUGCAUAAUAUUUGUGUAAUUAAAAUAAGCGCACUAACUGAAAAUUGUUUCAUUAUAUUGAAACUAAAUAUAUUUUCAUAAUAAAUAAAUAAAUAAAUAAAUUUCUUCUAGUAAAAAUACUUUUUAAGAAUGAUAUGCAAUGUGUUCAUUUUUCACUUCCAUUUGGAACAUAUUUUAUAAAAAUGUAAAAUUAUAUUUAUAAAUAUAAAAUUAUAUUUAUACUA